UUAUACACCUCCUGUCUGGCGCAGGAAGGCCAAUGAAACACUUCAAAAAAAAAAAAAAGGAUACCACUAUUAUGACAACUAUCUAUCCAAAUGGGAAAAGGCAGAGCUCCGGAAUGAUGCCGCACGUAUUCACUUUUUAAAGCGAAAAUUAUGAGAUCCAGAAGUCAGCCUGAAUUAACACCACAAUAUGAUCCAGCUUCAAACUCGUGGUGCGCACUAGUGGGGAUCGGAGACGCGGAUAAGCCGGUUGAUGAAUCUGCGUCGUACUUUUCUCUUAUAAUUAGUCACUCGGACGGUCAUUGAUGAAUACUGGUGCGUAACGAUGGCCACUCCAGCGCAUCCAGAGACCAGGAAAUUUACGAGGGGUCUGGGUAAACCUGGCACAGCGGCUGAACUGAGGCAAAGUGUCUCUGAGGUUGUCAGGACGUCCGUGCUGGUGGUGAAACCCAAGGUGAUCGAGCCACUGGACUAUGAAAAUGUGCUGGUGCAGAGGAAGACCCAGAUCCUCAGCGAUGUCCUCAGAGACAUGCUGCAGUUCCCCCUGGAGGACUUCCAGAUUUCCACCUUGAGACGCCAAGGAAGAACUCUCUACCCAACAGUGCCUGAAAACGCGGAGAAGGAAGCUCAGAGUCUGUUUGUCCAAGAGUGCAUUAAGACCUACAACUCUGAUUGGCACGUUGUCAACUACAAGUAUGAGGACUAUUCUGGGGACUUUCGACAGCUUCCAAACAAAGUGUCCAGACCGGAAAAACUGGCUGUCCAUGUUUUUGAAGUGGAUGAGGAUGUUGACAAAGAUGAGGACACAGCCUCCCUUGGCUCCCAGAAAGGCGGGAUCACCAAGCAUGGCUGGCUAUACAAAGGCAACAUGAAUAGUGCCAUCAGUGUCACCAUGAGGUCUUUUAAGAGGAGAUAUUUCCACCUAACCCAGCUCGGUGACGGCUCCUACAAUUUAAACUUCUACAAGGACGAGAAGAUCUCCAAAGAGCCCAAAGGCACCAUUUUCCUGGACUCGUGUAUGGGUGUGGUUCAGAACAACAAGGUUCGGAGGUUUGCUUUUGAGCUGAAGAUGCAGGAUAAGAGCACCUACCUGCUGGCUGCAGACAGCGAAGCAGAGAUGGAGGAAUGGAUCAGCACGCUCAACAAGAUCCUGCACAGCAGCUUUGAGAUCGCCAUGCAGGAGAAGAGGAAUGGAGAUAUCCAUGAUGAUGAUGAGCUUGGGAAGUCUGACAGUUCCUCUGGGAGUCUGGACAGCUUUCAGAGUGCACGAGACAUUGAAUCCAAGAUGAGAAAUGAAACCAGAUUGAAGCUGUUCACCUUGGACCCUGACACACAGAAACUAGAUUUCUCAGGGAUAGAGCCGGAUGUAAAGCAGUUUGAGGAGAAGUUUGGCAAACGCAUCCUGGUGAACUGCAACGACCUCUCGUUCAAUCUGCAAAGCUGCGUGGCGGAGAAUGAGGAAGGGCCGACCACAAAUGUGGAGCCGUUCUACAUCACUCUGUCGCUGUUCGACAUCCAGAACAACAGGAAGAUUUCCUCUGACUUUCUUGUGGACCUAAACCACCCGUCCGUCAGGGGCUUGGUGGCCAAUUCCAACAGCCAGUACAUGAACGGGGGUGGGGACAGCCACCACGGGGGGCAGCGACUGGUCCACGGGGUUCCAGAGGCAGCCAUGCAGUAUCCCAGACAGGGAGUGUUCUCGGUAACGUGCCCACACCCAGAUAUCUUCCUGGUGGCUCGCAUAGAGAAAGUCCUUCAGGGGGGAAUCACACACUGUGCCGAGCCAUACAUGAAGAGUUCAGACUCCACCAAGGUGGCACAGAAGGUUCUGAAAAAUGCCAAGCUGGCUUGCAGCCGGUUAGGCCAGUACAGGAUGCCUUUUGCCUGGGCCGCAAGGCCUCUGUUCAAAGAUGCAUCAGGGACGUUGGACAAAAGUGCCCGCUUCUCUGCCCUCUACAGACAGGACAGCAACAAGCUGUCCAAUGAUGACAUGUUCAAACUGCUGGCUGACUUCAGAAAGCCAGAGAAGAUGGCCAAGCUGCCUGUAAUCUUAGGAAACCUAGAUGUUACCAUUGACAAUGUAGCCCCUGACUUGACAAAUUGCGUUACCUCAUCCUACAUUCCUGUGAAGCAGUUUGAUUCCAGUGAGAAAAGCAGCAUCUUCUUCGAAGUGGAGGAGUUUGUACCGUGCAUAGCCAAAUGCUCCCAGCCUUUCACCAUCUACAACAAUCACCUCUAUGUCUACCCAAAGCACUUGAAGUAUGACAGCCAAAAAUCUUUCGCAAAGGCUAGAAACAUAGCUGUCUGCAUCGAGUUCAAGGACUCAGAUGAGGAGGAGGCUGUUUCACUUAAGUGCAUCUAUGGCCGACCAGGAGGACAGUUGUUUACCAGAAAUGCCUUUGCUGCAGUAUUACAUCACCAGCAAAACCCUGAGUUCUAUGAUGAGUUUAAGAUUGAGCUGCCAACUCAGCUCCAUGAGAAACACCAUCUGCUCUUCACCCUCUACCAUGUCAGCUGUGACAGCAACAGCAAGGCCAGCACUAAGAAGAGAGACAUGGUUGAGACUCAAGUGGGUUAUGCCUGGCUCCCAUUGCUGAAGGAUGGCCGGGUGAUCAUGAAUGAGAGUCACAUCCCUGUGGCUGCCAACCUGCCUGCUGGAUACCUCAGCUGUCAGGAGGGUGUCGGCAAGCAUUCAGGUCCUGAAAUCAAAUGGGUGGAUGGAGGCAAGCCUUUAUUCAAGGUGUCCACUCACCUUGUGUCCACUGUCUACACUCAGGAUCAACAUUUGCACAAUUUUUUUCACCACUGUCAGAGCACAGCAUCUGCAGCCCAAGUAUCAGGAGGAGAACUGGUCAAAUACCUGAAGAGUCUUCAUGCCAUGGAGAGUCAUGUGAUGAUCAAGUUCCUGCCCACCAUUCUGAAUCAGCUGUUUCGGGUGCUGACCAGUGCCACCCAUGAGGACGUGGCAGUAAACGUCACCAGAGUCAUGAUUCACAUUGUUGCCCAGUGCCACGAGGAAGGGUUGGAGCACUACCUGAGAUCCUAUGUAAAGUAUGUAUUCAAGACUGAGCCAUACACAGCCUCCACCACCAAAACAGUGCAUGAGGAGUUAGCUAAAGCCAUGACUGCUAUCCUUAAGCCUUCCACUGACUUCCUCACCAGUAACAAGCUGCUCAAGUACUCCUGGUAUUUCUUUGAAGCCUUAGUCAAGUCCAUGGCUCAGUACUUGAUUGAGAGUUGUAAAGUGAAGCUGUCCAGGAAUCAGCGCUUCUCAGCGUCCUUCCAUCACAGUGUGGAGACUCUCGUCAACAUGAUGAUGCCACACAUCACUCAGAAGUACAAGGACAACCUGGAUGCUGCCAGGAAUGCCAACCACAGCCUGGCAGUCUUCAUCAAGCGCUGUUUUACCCUGAUGGACAGAGGCUUUGUCUUCAAACAGAUCAACAACUAUAUCAACUGUUUUGUGCCUGGAGAUCCCAAGACACUGUUUGAGUUCAAGUUCGAGUUCCUGCGUGUUGUGUGCAACCAUGAGCACUACGUACCCUUAAACCUGCCCAUGCCUUUUGGAAAGGGAAGGAUACAGAGAUUUCAAGACCUCCAGCUGGAUUACUCGCUGACAGAUGACUUCUGUAAGAACCACUUCCUGGUCGGGCUGCUCCUCAGGGAGGUCGGUGCAGCUCUGCAGGAGUUCAGGGACAUUCGUCAGAUAUCCAUCCAAGUGUUGAAGAACUUGAUGAUCAAGCACACGUUUGAUGACCGCUACACCUCCAAGAGCCAGCAAGCCAGGUUGGCCACGCUGUACUUGCCCCUGUUCGGUCUGCUCCAAGAGAAUGUGAACAGGCUGAAUGUGAAGGAAGUGUCCCCAUUCAGCAUCAACCACUCCAAUAAUAACGGAAGAGAAGACUCUCUCCUGGCCAACACCCUGAUGACCCCUCCCAGAUCCAGCACUUUUCUGGAAAACAGCCUGCACAAGGAUGUUUUUGGAGUCAUCUCCGGCACCGCUUCACCUCACACAUCGUCUACCCCCAACAUAAACUCAGUGCGACAUGCUGAUUCUCGUGGCUCGCUCAUCAGCACCGACUCUGGAAACAGCCUGCCUGAGAAGAACAAUGACAAGGCCAACUGUCUGGACAAGAGCCAGCCUGCCUCGGCCCUGGGCAGCACCCUGCUGCGAUGUGACAAACUGGACCAGGCCGAGAUCAAGAGCCUCCUCAUGUGUUUCUUACAUGUGCUGAAAAGCAUGUCUGAAGAUGCUCUGUUCACAUACUGGAACAAAGCCUCAUCUGCUGAGCUUAUGGAUUUCUUCACUCUAAUCGAAGUGUGCCUCCAUCAGUUCAGAUACAUGGGAAAGAGAUACAUUGCCAGGAACCAGGAUGGGGCGGGACCCAUAGCACAUGAGCGGAAGUCUCAGACUCUGCCUGUGUCCCGUAACAGGGCGGGAAUGAUGCAUGCCCGCUUACAGCAGCUCAGCAGCCUGGAUAACUCAUACACUUUUAACCACACUUACAGCCACUCUGAUGCAGAUGUGCUAAACCAGUCUCUCCUUGAGGCCAACAUCGCCACUGAAGUGUGCCUGACUGUUCUGGACACACUCAGCAUCUUCAUCAUGGGCUUCAAGACACAACUGUGCUCUGAUCAUGGCCACAACCCGCUGAUGAAGAAGGUGUUUGAGGUCCACCUGUGUUUUCUGCAGAUCAAUCAGUCAGAAACGGCCCUCAAGCAGGUCUUCACCUCACUGCGCACCUUCAUCUACAAGUUCCCCUGCACAUUUUUCGAAGGCCGUGCAGACAUGUGCGCUUCCUUCUGCUAUGAGAUCUUGAAAUGCUGUAACUCCAAACUGAGCUCCAUCCGCAGUGAUGCAGCCCACCUACUCUACUUCCUCAUGAAGAGCAACUUUGACUACACAGGCCGCAAGUCCUUUGUCCGAACGCACUUACAGGUGGUGAUCGCUGUCAGCCAGUUGAUAGCAGAUGUCAUCGGCAUCGGCAGUACCCGCUUCCAGCAGUCUCUGUCAAUAAUCAACAACUGUGCCAACAGCGACAGGACCAUUAAGCACACCGCUUUUCCAUCAGAUGUGAAGGACCUGACCAAACGGAUCAGGACGGUCCUGAUGGCGACGGCUCAGAUGAAGGAGCAUGAGAGAGACCCAGAGAUGUUGGUGGAUCUUCAGUAUAGUCUGGCCAAAUCCUACGCCAGCACACCUGAGCUCCGCAAGACGUGGCUGGACAGCAUGGCUCGAAUCCACGUGAAGAACGGAGACCUUUCGGAGGCAGCCAUGUGCUAUGUGCAUGUUGCAGCACUUGUAGCAGAAUACCUGCGGAGAAAAGGCAUGUUCAAGCAGGGCUGUUCAGCAUUCCGCGUCGUGACUCCAAAUAUUGAUGAAGAGGCAUCAAUGAUGGAGGAUGUCGGCAUGCAGGAUGUCCAUUUCAAUGAGGAUGUCCUGAUGGAGCUCCUGGAAGAGUGUGCAGACGGACUGUGGAAAGCUGAGCGAUAUGAGCUCAUCUCUGACAUCUACAAGCUCAUAAUCCCAAUUUAUGAAAAGCGCAGGGACUUUGAGAAACUGGCCCACCUGUAUGACACACUGCAUCGUGCAUACAGCAAAGUCACAGAGGUCAUGCAUACAGGCAAGAGAUUGCUGGGCACCUACUUCAGAGUGGCCUUCUUUGGCCAGGCAGCGCAGUACCAGUUUACUGACUCAGAGACUGAGGGUUUCUUUGAGGAUGAAGAUGGGAAGGAGUACAUCUACAAAGAACCCAAAUUCACUCCCCUGUCAGAGAUUUCUCAACGACUUCUUAAGUUGUACUCUGACAAAUUUGGAUCAGAAAAUGUGAAGAUGAUUCAGGACUCUGGAAGGAUCAACCCCAAAGACCUGGACUCCAAGUACGCCUAUAUCCAAGUGACACAUGUGACUCCUUUCCUGGAUGAGAAGGAGCUGGUGGACAGGAGGACAGACUUUGAAAAAAGCCACAACAUCCGCCGCUUUGUGUUUGAGAUGCCUUUCACCAUCUCGGGCAAAAAGCAAGGAGGAGUGGAGGAGCAGUGUAAACGAAGGACCAUACUAACCACAACACAUUGCUUCCCCUAUGUAAAGAAGCGCAUAGCGGUGAUGUAUCAGCACCACACUGAUCUGAACCCUAUCGAGGUGGCCAUCGAUGAGAUGAGCAAGAAGGUUGCUGAGAUCAGACAGCUCUGCUCCUCCAGUGAGGUGGACAUGAUCCGCCUGCAGCUCAAGCUACAGGGCAGCAUCAGUGUCCAGGUAAAUGCUGGGCCACUUGCUUAUGCCCGAGCUUUUCUUGAUGAUGCCAGCACCAAGAAGUAUCCAGACAACAAGGUCAAACAGCUGAAAGAGGUCUUCAGGCAGUUUGUGGAAGCGUGUGGCCACGGCUUAGGCAUUAAUGAGCGAUUGAUCAAAGAGGACCAACAGGAGUACCAUGAUGAGAUGAAAGCCAACUAUAGAGACCUGGCCCGGGAGCUCUCUGCCAUCAUGCACGAGCAAAUCAGUCCAGUGGAAGAUGGCAUGAAGAACACUCUUCCAGACUCGCUUCACAUCUUUAAUGCCAUCAGUGGCACACCAACUGGUGCCACCAUCCAGGGCAUCCCCAGUUCGUCCUCAGUGGUAUGACACUACCCUGGAUGACAUCUGACCUCAACACUCCGUACUCGCCAAACAGGCAUGCCAGUGAUGCCAUAUAGCCCUUAUCUGCAACCCCACUCCUGCUUCUCUCUGGUCAGUUUAGAAGGAAACUGACAUACACAGAGACAACAAUGACACUCUUUCACCCUUUGCCCCUCGUUGUCUGGCAUUUUGUGUGGGCCAUGACCAAGGCACUAGACCUAUAUGAUGUAUACAAAUUGUAUACGCAUGGUGCAUUUACCACAGUGGGUGUAACAAAUUACAUUCUUCUGUGACCAUAGCAGAGGUGUGGCAAAGCCACCUGAGCAGUGAGGGAGGGGACAAUGCAGGGGAACUGAUAGGAGACAGAUGAGCCAUGGUGUCGCUGCUUUAAGGCCUGACAUGAUGUAUAACGAAGCACGACUUCUACAGUCUCCUCCAUGACCUGUUUCUACCCAAGAUGACGGGGAACUGUGUUUUCCAUGGAGACAUUCCCGUUGGAAAUCUUGAAGAUGCAUGUCACUACUUCCCCCACCUUUCCAAUGGCCUACUUUACCAGUGUUUAUUUUGAUAAUAUCUCCCAUUUUGUUUUGUAUGUACAGUAUUCCACUUUUAUAAGUCUCUAUACAGACAUCUAUGCUGCAUACAUUGACACUCAUUUCUCUGUACAUGAAGUUAUAUUUCUACAAAGCUGCAACUUUGCAAAAAGAGCCUCCCAUGAAUAUGUUAGCUUUCAAACUAAUUACUUUCAAUGUCUUAGAAUGGGAGGGUUUUGAAACACAUAAAGCCAUUGCAUACAAUAGGUAUAUUCCAAGUUGUUUAUUCUUGUAUAUAAAAAAGGACUGUGUGCAAUAUUUGAUUUUUGCAAAAUACCUUGCUGUGGGGCUCAUACACUGUAAAGAUGUUCACCUUCUUGCCAAACUGGUGAGGUGUGGAACCAGAGACUAGGCCUACUGUGGAAGUAAUAUGAAGCUUUUACCAGUUUAGUGUUCAUUGAAAUGUUAAUGAAAUUGUUUUAUAUUUGGGAAGCAAUGGGGAUUCUUUUUUUUUAUUUUUAUUUAACACAAAGUCACUGUUCUGCUGUAAACAGAAAUGUUCCCUAAUGCUUUUCUUUUAAAUAAAAUUCACUCAUUUUUCUGCACUUC